UGUGCUUUAAAAAUAAAUGUUGUUGUUGUUAUGCUGUAGCAAUACAUACCCAAAGUCAAAAUAAACCAUUUCUGUAGAUAUUGACCUGAAUCAGAAAAAACUCCAAAGUUAGUGUUUGAAGACAGAAUUCAAGGCCUACACGUUCAUACUUUGUUGAGAACACUUCUGCUCCAAUAACAGCCUUCAUUCUUCUGGGUAUGUAAGUAUGUCCCAGUUUGGCACUUUGAUCAAGAGGGAUUCUUCUCCAUUCUUCUUGGUCGAAUUUCUAGAGAUCCUCAAGUUUGGUGGGAUGGCGCCUCUGGCCAGCAGUUUUCAAAUUGUGCCACAGAUUCUCAACAGGGUUAAAAUCUAGGUUUGAUUUGACCAUUCGAAAACCUUCACCUUUCUGUUUCUGAGCCAUCCCAGUGCCUUUUUGGCCUUAUGUUUAGGGUCAUUUGUCAUGUUGAAAGAUGAAUCGUCUGCCGAGCCGUAGGUUUGUAGCAGACUGGAAUAAGUUCUCUUGCAAUGUUGUGUGGUAUUUGUGUCCAUCCAUUGUCCCUUCAACUCUGACAAGAUUCCCAGUCCCAGCACAUGAAAAGCAUCCGCAUUGCAUGAUGCUAUCACCACCAUAUUUCACCAUGGCUAUGGUGUUUCUUGUGGCAUGGCCAGUGUUAGUGUUACACCACAUACCUCUCUUUGAACUCUGGCCAAAAAGUUCUAUUUGGCCUCAUCUGACCAUAAAACCUUCUCCCACAUCUUAACUGGGUCUUUCUCAUGCUUUGUAGCAAUUCCAUACAUGCUUUUAUGUGGACCUUCUUAAGGAAUAGCUUCUUCCUUGCUACCCACCUGUAGAGGCCUGUUUUAUGGAGAGCUCUUGAAACUGCGGACCCCCUGCACCUUCACUCCAGUUUCAGCCAAAGAGGAUUGCAGACUUCUGAGAGUGAUGGUUGGAUUUUUAGUCACCCCUCUCACCAGUCAACAUUUUGCUCUGAUGUUUAGUUUUGAGGGACGGCCUGCUCUAGUAAGAGCCAGGGUGCUGUAAUGAACCUUUCACUUUCUGAUGAUGGAUCCAGCAAUAAUUAACAGGAUAUUCAAACUCUUCUUCAUUUUUUUGUAGCCAUUUCAAUGACAUUGUUUCUCACAUCAGUAGAAUGCUCCUUUGCCUUCAUUUGUGCAGUGAUUGUCCCACAAACACUAUGGCCAUACAAAGGGGGCUUUUUAUAACCAGAGAAAGAGAGAGAGAGAGAGAUAAAAGACUCACAAGUAGUGCCUAAUUAUGCUUAAUUAUAAUCAAAUAAGUGUCAUGUUUGUGUCAUUUGUGAUUCAAUUGUCAUUUGUGUAAAUCUGGAGUUCCCAAAGCACAGAGGUUUAAAUGCUCAAGCAAACAUGAACUGCAGAGUUUUUCUUCUUCUGUCAAAUUUCUACAUUGAAUGGUUUGUUUUAACUUUGGAAAUGGAUUGUUACAACAUAAGAGUUCUCAUUAAAAUAUGAAUAGAUAAAUAUAUGUACAAAUCGUUUGUCAUGUAGAAAAUUAGGACUUGUGAAGGAGUCUGGACACUACUGUAGAUGGAUGGAACAAUUUUUUUGGUCUUUGAAUAACAGCCUGCAUUACCCGUAGACUUAUAAAGAUCUUCAGAAAAAAAAAAAAAAGAUUUAGUUUUGGAAGUAAAAUCUGCUUGAAUUGCACGUUUUUCUUCAUUUUGCUCCAUCUGCUACCUUCAAACUACUGUCUAAGCUAUAAGCCGACCAAUCUCUCUCUGGAUAAGGGAUACUGAUUGCAGUUUUGUGUUCAAAUUCAGUCUUCUAGAACUGCGGCCACAUGUCAUUAUUGUAACGAACAGUCUCUUCUGUUUAAAUGUGCUUGACAUAUACCUGUAUCUCUCUUUCUCUCUCCCCACAAAGAUGUUUUGCAUGAAAUUAAGAGAGGACAGUCAAAUAUACAGCAGUCUAACUGUUAAACUUCAACAAGAAAGUUUUCUUUGGUAAUUUAAAACAAAUAAAUAUAAGCAUUGAGAAGAAAAUCCUAUUACAAUCCGUAUUGAGUUUUAAAAACAUAAUAGCGUUUCGAAUCUUUUUAAACAGUGAAAAGUAAAUUAGGAACCUCCGUCCAGCAGAUGGCAGCAACUGAUCAUAUUGUAAGUGAUGGCAGUCUGACAACUGGGAUGAAGAGGAGAAAUCAAGUAGCUGAAUCCGCGGCGUUUAGGAUUGUGUGAAAAGAAUAUCAAUACUGCUAUGGAGAAAAUGAAUGUGAACAUUAAGGAAGAGGACUGUGAGUGGGAGUCGGUGCACUUUCCUCAAGAGUGUGCCAGCAUCAAAGUGGAGGGUUCUGAAUGGAGACCGAUAGAUGGUAAUGAAUCUGAGCCAACAGCUAAUGAUACUGCCCUUGAGAAAAGUGCAGUUGUAGAGGGCAUCAAGGCAGAAGACAUCAAAUCCGAGUCUCUCCCUCAGGAUAUCUGUCCAGGUGAAGAACUAAUGGGAACAGGCUUCACGGAAAGUAGAGCUCACUCUCUCUCGGGCCAUAUUGUCCAAGUGAAGACGGAACCCUUGGAUUAUGACAUCCAAAGGACUGAGAGAGCAUCAUGUUCAAAUCAUUCUGGAGAAGAUUUACAUGAGAAUGGCUGUGUCUCUCUACCAUCACAUUCUCACACCUCUCUUCAGUGCAGGCCACGGCACACACAACCUAAUGAAAAUAUGAAGAUACUCACAUCUGACUCAGAGAUUAUGAUACCAGCUAAUUUUCAGUAUAUGUCUGUGCCAAUGGUGACUGUGACAACAGUCGACACAAUCAGCACUCAAUCACAGGUGCAAGGUUCAGAUUCAACAGCGUUGGAUGUCUGCCCAGAUAUCAGGGAAACUUUUAAAUGCAAGUUUAAAUACAAAGAUGAUCCGAGGAGUUUUAUACGACGGAAGCCAUAUUGUUGUUCUGAAUGUGGAAAGGAAUUCUCCCAUAAUAGCCAGCUUCAGAUCCAUAUAAGAAUUCACACUGGAGAGAAACAAUAUUGCUGUUCUGACUGUGGUAAACGAUUCUCACAGAUGAACAAUCUUCAAACUCACAUAAGAAUUCAUACAGGAGAGAAACCCUAUUGUUGUUCUGACUGUGGCAAACGAUUCUCCACCAGGAGCAGUCUUCAGAUUCACAGGAGAAUUCACACUGGAGAGAAGCCAUACUGCUGCCUUGAAUGUGGCAAACGAUUCUCAGAAAUGAGAUGCCUCCAGGAACAUACAAGAAUUCACAAUGGUGAGAAGCCGUAUGGUUGCACUGAGUGUGGCAAAAAAUUUUCACGAAUGAACAGUCUUCAAAAACAUACAAGAAUCCAUACUGGAGAGAAGCCGUACUGCUGUUCUGAAUGUGGUAAAUUAUUCUCCAGCAAUAGUAAUCUUCAUAAACAUAUAAGAAUUCACACUGGAGAGAAGCCAUAUGCCUGCUGUAAAUGUGCCAAACAAUUCUCCAGCAGUACUAGUCUACAGAUCCACACAAGAACUCACACUGGAGAGAAACCAUAUGGCUGUACUGACUGUGGAAAACGAUUCUCAGUAAUGAGAAAUCUUCAGACACACACAAGAAUUCACACUGGGGAGAAACCGUACUGCUGCUCUGAUUGUGGAAAGCGAUUCUCAAUCAGCAGCAGUCUACAGAAACACACCAGAAUUCACACACAUCGUAGUGCCCAGAAUGAGGAAAGUAGGCGGAAGGAGUGAGCAGUAUGUGCAGCAGUGACACUCCAAACUGUUUAAGCCUUGAUUAAAUUCAUGAGAUGUGCUGCUUUGAUUUUAGGUCGGUAUUAAAACUGUUCAAUUUGAAACUUCUUGCAUAGUUUGGGAAAGAUCAAGAAGAAAAAAAUAAUAGCUGCACAUAUUAUACAAUAAAUGGUACUCACCUUUCACCUGUUUAUAACAAUGUAGAAGAAGGUGUUUAGCAAUAUUGCAAUAUCAUCAAAUGAAGAGAUGUCCUCUAUUGUGGUGUCAGGCUCUUGAGAGCAAAUGUAAAGGUUCAUCUAAAGGGUAGAUAUUUGGCUGGAAAUAUGGACCAGGAAAAUGUGAAUCAGGUGGGCAAACAAUAAAGUGGUCAAAAAACAGGCCAGGUGCAACACCAGAAACAUAUGUCAAGUCACAAUAUAUAAACCAAAGAUUGUAGUCAGUUAAUUGCAAAUACCUCUCUCUAUACUAACGAAAUGAAUGGCAGUGGUCUAUCAUUGAAAAUUUUAAUUUUACAGCAUGAGUAACACACCAUCAGCCUUUUUCCUUCUUGGUUGAGGACAUCAUGCCACAUUACUUUCCUGACAUCAUAUUUAUUGCUAGCAAACAAAGUACAGCUUAGCUAACACCAAUAUGUAUGUUGAUCUAAAACCUGAGGCUAAAAAUAUAAGCAGAUUAAUAAAGAAACAUAAAAUAAUCAAAACAAACAUCCAUCUUCUUAACCCACCUAUCUAGAGCAGGGCCAUGGAGUGGGCCCAUGGCAGGAACAAUCCUUGGACAGGAUACCAGCCCAUUGCAGGAAGAACACACACACACACACAAACACUGGAGCCAAUUUAGCAUCUCCAGUUCACCUAACUAUCAUGUCUUUGGACUGUGGGAGAAAACGCACGCAGACAUGGAGGUAUAUUGCAAACUGUACACAGGUAACACCCGGUUCUUUAACCCCAGUCUCCUUGCUACCACUGUGCCACCAUCAAAACAAGCAAUGAUAAUUAUGCUGCAAUGGCUGAAAUUUAGGAUAAAACACAACAAAAUCAUUACAAAGGCCAGAUGGGCAGUUUUACUGGCCUUGCCAACAUGGAAAUAAAGAGGUCUGGGCACAGACUAGUGGUCAACCAAAGAUUAAGAUGAGAGCAGGCAUUGCUACAGUCACAUACUAAGUCCUCAGUUUCUGCCAAAAGUAUAUGCCGGGAGGGCUUGUGCAAAAACGGUAUUGACAAGAAUCCACAGGUAACCAGUUCAGAUUAUGGCCCCCCAGUAAUCCAUUAAGAGAAGAGGAGGAUAAGUUGACAGGAAAACGCAAAAGUAGAAAAAAGGCAAAAGAUAAGACCAAGGGGCUAUGAUAAUAGAAGGAGAAGCAGCCUGUGAUUAGGAGAAGAGGAGGGAUCUAAUAUGGUUUAAUAUGUCAAUAUCAACAGCCGAGAUGAGCAAAAAAAA